GUGUCAGAAAGAGAGAAAAAAGAGCGAGCUUACAUGAACAAAAUAGAGAGAGAGAGAAGGGAGACGUCGACCUCGACCUCGCCCUCUCCCGCAUCGCUUCCCUCCUUCCUCCCCACUCUCUCGUCGCAUCCCACCCCACCCCUACCCGGCUCGACUCGAUCUCUGUUCUCCGCCGCCGCCGCCGCAUCCGACCACCAAGCUAACGCCUCAUUCUCCGAGAACCUCCUCCUCCCCGGGAACCUUCAUCCCCACCCCUCCCCGAUGCGGCGCCCCCGCGGCGCGAUCGCGUGACGGACGGGCGCCAUGGAUCCCCCCGGCCCCGGCGACGUCGGCGAGGCGGCGCAGCCGCAGCCGCUGGAGUGGCGGUUCGCGCAGGUCUUCGGCGAGCGCGCGACCGGCGAGGACGUGCAGGAAGUUGACAUCAUCUCUGCAAUCGAGUUUGAUAGAUCUGGUGAUCAUCUUGCCACCGGGGAUAAAGGAGGACGUGUGGUUUUGUUUGAAAGGACAGAUGCUCGGGAUCAGAAUUUCAGACGGAGAGAAUUGGAGAGACAAGAUUUUCCAAUCACCAGACACCCGGAGUUCCGCUACAAAACUGAAUUUCAGAGUCAUGAACCCGAGUUUGACUACCUCAAAAGUUUGGAAAUAGAGGAGAAGAUCAACAAGAUCAAAUGGUGCCAGACAUCCAACAAUGCUCUCUCCCUUUUGUCUACAAAUGAUAAAACAAUCAAAUACUGGAAGGUGAAGGAGAAGAAAGUAAAACGAGUUUCAGUCAUGAAUUUGGACACUUCCCAAAGUGUAGGAAGUAGUACCACUGCUAGUGCAAGUAGCAGUAGUUCUAAGGCACCUCUUCCAAAUGGUGCAUGUUCAGAAAAGUUCAAUUGCCCGAGCAAUGAACUCUCUUUUCCUCCCGGAGGUUACCCAUCGCUGUGUUUGCCUGUGGUUACAAGUCUAGAGGCAAACCCUGUUGCUAGAUGUCGACGUGUAUAUGCCCAUGCUCAUGAUUACCAUAUAAAUUCUAUUUCAAAUAAUAGUGACGGCGAGACAUUCAUAUCAGCAGAUGAUCUGCGAAUAAAUCUAUGGAACUUGGAAAUAAACAGCCAAAGCUUUAACAUUGUUGACGUGAAGCCUUCAAACAUGGAAGAUCUAACAGAGGUGAUUACAUGUGCGGAGUUCCAUCCAACCCAUUGUAAUACACUAGCCUACAGCAGCUCAAAGGGUUCUAUCCGACUUAUUGAUCUGCGACAAUCAGCGCUGUGUGACAACCAUUCCAAGAUAUUUGAGGAACAUGAAGCACCUGGAUCAAGAUCCUUCUUUACGGAGAUUAUAGCAUCAAUUUCGGAUAUAAAGUUUUCAAGGGAUGGGAGAUAUAUUCUUAGUCGUGAUUAUAUGACUCUCAAGCUAUGGGAUCUGAACAUGGAUUCAGGUCCUGUUUCAACCUUCCAGGUCCAUGAACAUUUAAGACCAAAGCUCUGUGAUCUGUAUGAGAAUGACUCAAUAUUUGAUAAGUUUGAGUGUUGUCUUAGUGGGGACGGACUUCGUGUUGCAACUGGUUCUUAUGGUAAUAUGUUUCGUGUUUUUGGUUGUACUCCUGGAAGCGUGGAGGCAACUACUUUGGAAGCAAGUAGGAAUCCUAUGAGGCGUCAGAUUGCAAAUCCUACAAGGCCCACGCGGACACUGACUUCUUUCACCCGUGGUGUUCGCAGAGGUGGAGAAAAUCAAGGCAUUGAUGCCAAUGGAAAUUCGUUUGACUUAUCGACAAAGUUACUCCAUCUCGCAUGGCAUCCGACUGAGAAUUCUAUCGCAUGUGCUGCUGCAAAUAGCUUGUAUAUGUAUUAUGCGUAGAGAAUCUCCUACAGAAAAUUUGUUUUUUUGUUUUUGGCUUGCUCUUCGUGAAGGCCCAGGGCCUUUCAACUGCAACCAGAGAGAUGGUGCGAGACAUUGUCGUCGGUUCCUCCCUGGGGCCAGAAGAGGCCGCUGAUGUCCACAAGAUCACUUGUUGCUGUGCUAACGGACUGCGGCCUUGUCGAUUCUUUAGUAAUUGUGUAAAUUAUAAUUCUAAUCAUGGAAAGUUUUGGUCCCAAGAUGUGGUCGCGGCUGCUGUUUCCAGAGUCGGCAGUGGAAGGGACAGAUGGAAGAUAAAUUCCGCAUUGAUGUACCCGAGCGAAUCCGCAUUGCAAUGGAUGUAUGAUCGGCUGUCUUUCACUUGUAAUGCCAUCUAGACGGGCUAAUCUUGUUUUGGAACUUGAAUUUCUGAACGAUAGAUAUUACUCAGUUAUUGUAGCUAUUCAUCUUCAUCGCUAUUCUAUUUGUUGGACUGUUAAAAUAAGUCGGUAGCACCGAUGUAAUUGUGCUCUUGUUUGCAAUUCUUAUUCUGAACUUUUUCUCUUUUUUCCCCUUAAAUGAUGUUAUAACACUUUAGCAUUAGCAAGAAAGGGAUUUAAGAACUCACUUUGGAUUAUAGCUUA